AUGGUUUUCAGACCACCAACAUGGGUUCCCGAGCUCCCGGUUGAGCCCCCAGCAAAUUUGUCCAUUGCGGAUUUCAUGCUGAACGAGAGAUACGGUCGUUGUCCGCUCGAGGAGUCGAGACCACCGUUCACGUGUGGUCUGUCCGGAAAACGAUAUUCUGCGGCCGAGGUGAGGGACAGAGUCGACCUGCUGGCUCGAGGCAUUUCCCAACAGAUAGGAUGGUCGCCUCAGCACGGGACGGAAUGGGACAAGAUCGGGUUGAUCUUCUCUUUCAACACGAUCGAUAACCUUCCGCUGAUGUGGGCGAUCCAUCGGCUGUUGGGCGUCGUGUGCACUGUCAAUCCUAUGAGCUCUGUGUCAGAGUUGAGAUAUUUCCUCAAGGCCUCGGGCUGUGGAGCAAUUUUCACCAGUCGGUCACUGUUGGCGACGACCCAAAAAGCAGCGAAGACGUACGGAAUUCCAGACUCUCGCAUCUUCAUCAUUGAGGAUAUAGGCACCGUUGUCGACGGUCAACCUCCGUGUCCAGACACGCCCACCAGUUAUUUGACUCUUGACAAUCUGAUAGAUCUCGGGGAGAAGAUUUCCCCGUUGCCAACUGUCGAAUGGAAUGACAGAGAGGGCGAGACGCGGACAGCGUUUCUGUCGUGGAGUAGCGGCACUUCAGGUGUACCGAAAGCCGUCAUGCUUUCUCAUAAGAAUGUCAUUUCCCAGGUUCUACAGGUCUGUACCUUUGAGAGUCAAAGUCGAGGAGGGUUGAAACAUCAUGUUUCUCUCGGCCUGUUACCUCAAAGUCAUAUCUACGGUCUAACGGUCAUCUGCCACGCGAGCGCCUAUCGUGGAGACGAGGUAAUCGUGCUUCCUCGCUUCACUCUCGCCACAUGUCUUUCCGCCGUACAGAGAUACGGUAUCACGUCGAUGUUUCUGGUGCCUCCUAUCAUCAUCUCCAUGUUGCGGAAUCAAGAAGUCAUGAAGACGUACGAUCUCAGCAGUAUAAAAUUCAUCUACAGUGGAGCCGCACCGUUGGCUCCCGGACUGACCGACCAGUUGUCCACGGUGUUGCCACAAUGCCCCAUCCGACAAGGUUAUGGUCUAACCGAGAGCUGUGGAAACUUUUGCCACACCGUUCCGCAAGAUGUUUGGCUGGGAUCUUCGGGUUCUCUGCUUCCUGGAUGUGAGGCAAAGCUUGUUUCUCCCGUCGGAAGGGAAAUAACCACGCACGGAAAAGUAGGGGAGCUCCUCAUCAGAUCCCCCAGCGCGUGUAUGGGCUACUACAAAAGCCCCACCGAAACGAACGAGCUGUAUCAAGAUGGUUGGAUGAAGACCGGAGACCAGGCACUUGUGCGACUGAGUCCCAAGGGUCACGAGCAUCUAUUCAUCGUGGAGCGGAUCAAGGAGCUGAUCAAGGUCAAGGGCUAUCAAGUCGCUCCGGCCGAGCUGGAAGCACAUUUGUUGGAACAUCCGGCGGUCGCAGAUGCAGCAGUGGUCGGUGUGAACCACGACACCGACGGUGAAGUACCCAAGGCUUUCAUCGUCAGGAGUACCGCGUACAAGGACGUCGAAAUGGCGACACUGGCGAGGCAGAUAAGUCGGCAUGUCGAGAAACACAAGGCCAAAUCCAAGCGUCUGAAAGGAGGUGUGGAAUUUGUCAACGCGAUUCCGAAGAAUGCCAGUGGCAAGAUUCUCCGCCGACUCUUGAGGGAUAGAGAGCGACGAAUUCGAGCACUUUGA